CCGGCGGCCAGUGGGCGGGGAUUCGGCUGGUGCCGAUGUUGGAGCCGGAGAUGCUCGGAGCAGCGGAGAAGAGAGGAGACCCCCCGGGAUCCGGAGCGGAGAGGAGACCCCCGGAGACACCAUGUGGAUGCAACUGAUUUGUGCGGCGUGCUGCUGCUGGGGGCUUCUGGGGGCAGGCCUGGCUCUGCAGAUCCAGUGCUACCAGUGUGAAGAAUUCCAGCGAGAUGACUGCUCAGCCCCAGAAUUCAUUGUCAACUGUACAGUCAAUGUCCAGGACACGUGUCAGAAGGAAGUCAUGGAGAAGAGUGAUGGCAUAUUCUAUCGCAAGUCAUGUGCUUCAUCAGCCGCUUGUCUUAUCGCUUCUGCUGGAUACCAGUCCUUCUGCACGCCGGGGAAAGUCAAUUCCGUUUGUAUCAGCUGCUGUGACACGUCCCUCUGCAAUGGACCCCGCGCCAAAAGGAACCGGAGCGCCGCAGUGAUGCAUCAUGGGAGUUCCCCCGCAAUACUCAUGUCUCUAGUGGUGGGCCUGCUGACAAAGCAGCUAUAGGUGGGACUCAGGACUGCUCGCCCCCGGGCCCCCAGGAACUGAAAUUCUUGUUGGUUUGUUGGAAAAGCAAACAUGACAGGUCACCAAAAAUCUAUUUUGUUAUAUUUCUUGCUGGGCUCCAGUGAGAUGAAUCCUCCGUUGUAUUUUAAAACUGCACUUUAAUAAAGGCCAUUCUUUUUUGCGCACAGAGAAUAAAUGGAAGCAAAUGG